AUGUCGGACGAAAAGGUCUCGGCUGCCCCAGAGGCACAGCACACUGAGGGACAUCACUACAGUGACCCUUCAAAAACACACGCGAAUAUCGUCGACAAUGCUCGUUCCGCUGCUGCAAAGGAGCAGAAGAUGACCCUCAUGCAGGGUAUCAAGCUGUAUCCCAAGGCUGUUGGAUGGAGUGUCCUUAUAUCUACCUGUAUUGUCAUGGAGGGAUUUGAUAUCGUCCUCGUCAACAACUUCUAUGCUUUCCCUCAGUGGAACAGAAAGUACGGAACGCUUCAGCCUGAUGGCUCGUAUCAAGUUUCCGCAGCCUGGCAAGCAGGUCUGAGCAAUGGUGCCAACGUCGGCUCCAUCAUCGGUCUCAUCCUCAACGGUUGGCUCUCCGAACGAUUCGGUUAUCGAUACACCAUCAUCGGCUGCCUCAUCUGGCUCUCCGCCUGCAUCACCCUCUUCUUCACCGCUCAGAACGUACAAAUGCUCCUCGCCGCCGAAAUCCUCUGUGGUCUUCCCUGGGGUAUCUUCCAGACCAUCUGCGUCACCUACGCCUCCGAAGUUUGCCCCAUCGCCCUCCGAGGUUAUCUCACCACAUAUGUCAACUUCUGCUGGGGUCUCGGACAGGAAAUCGGCAUUGGAAUAUUGCGAUCCAUGAUUGGUCGAACUGAUCAGUGGGCUUACAGAAUCCCAUACGGUCUGCAGUGGAUCUGGCCUCUACCUUUGAUUGUGGGCUUGUGGCUUGCUCCCGAGUCUCCCUGGUGGCUUGUUCGCAAGGGUCGUGUUGAGGAUGCUAAGAAGAGUCUUCUGCGACUUACCAGUCUCAACCGUGAGACCGAAUUCGAUGCCGAUGAGACUGUUGCUAUGAUGGUCCACACAACUGCUCUCGAGGAGAAGCUCACCGGCGGAAGCUCAUAUCUGGAUUGUCUGAAGGGUGUCAACCUCCGCCGUACUGAGAUUGUCUGCAUGGUCUGGGCUAUGCAGAACCUUAGCGGUAACUCGUUCUCCAACUAUUCUACCUACUUCCUCGAGCAGGCUGGUCUGUCUGCCAAGCACGCCUACUCCUUCGCUCUCGGCCAAUAUGCUAUCAACAUGAUUGGUGUGUUUGGCGCCUGGGGAUUGAUGUCCGCUGGAAUUGGUCGUCGUACCCUGUACCUCUACGGACUCUGCGGUCUCUGCAUUGUUCUGUGUGUUCUUGGUUUCCUCGGUCUCGUUCCUGAGGCUCAACGUGAGAAGGGUGCGCUUGCUACCGGAAGUCUCAUGAUCGGAUGGGCCGUCGUUUACCAGCUAUCCGUUGGUUCAGUCGCCUAUUCACUGGUCUCAGAAUUGCCUUCUAGACGCCUCCAGAUCAAGACUGUUGCUCUUGGCCGCAUUUUCUAUGGAAUCGUCGGUAUUAUCAACGCUAUUCUGUCUCCCUACAUGCUCAACCCUACUGCUUGGGACUGGAGCAACUACACCGGUUUCUUCUGGGGUGGCAUCUGCUUCCUCUGCAUCAUCUACACUUACUUCCGCCUCCCCGAGCCCAAUGGUCGUACCUUUGCCGAGUUGGGUAUUUUGUUCGAGCAGCGUGUCAGCGCUCGCAAGUUCGCUACUACCAAGGUCGAUGUCUUCCACGAGUCUGUUGAUGACGAGGUUCUUGAUCGACUUGCCAAGGCCGACCACCCUACAGUUGAGACUGUUGAGAAGGCCCCUGGAAGCAAGUAA